GAUAAUAACCGGUUUGAAAAUGUUGAUUUUGAUCGAUGCGACCGUAGCAAAAACAAAAUGGCUACCAAUUUCUUGACUGCUGGUGCAUUGACACAUUCUCAAAAAGUCAUUCGAUUGUACAAAAAGUCUGCGCGCCUUGUUAACGGGUUAUGUCCACAAGAUCCAAUCAGACAAAGAUGGAAUGCAGUGCUGCUUCGAGAUAGGUUUGAGAAAAAUAAAAAUUUGGCAAUGCCAGAGGCAAUAGCUGCUUUGGAGGAUGGAGAAACUGAAUUCUUCAAAAAGAAGGAUCCAAACUUCUUCCAGUUCCCCCUAUCUCCUGGUGGAGUGGCUUAUGGCAGAGUUCUACCUUUUCCAGAUUUUUUGCUAGACAUGUGGCAUCCGUAUGAAAAGGCUCAGUACCCCCACUACUUCGCUGUGAGGGAUAUCCGCAAACGUGAAUACAUUGAGAGAUAUGAGAAAAUGGUCAAAGAGAGUGGUGUACACGUAGACGACCACCAUCACUGAAGUUAGGCAUUGGACAAUUAUGAUGUGAUUCAAAGUGCGAUAUAAUUGAUUGUGGUAUUUGUAGGAAUAAUAUUUAAACAUAUUGUACCAGUUUUUGGAAAUUCCAAAGAAAAUGUGAAAAUGGAAUAUGUAACUAACAAGAUGAAUUUUUCUGUUAUAAAUAAACGUGUUGAGUGACA